CAAUACAAAGGCCUGAAUUGUAUGUAGGGUCAGAAUUAAUAAAAUAUUAUAUUCAGACUCCAGUUACUAGUUAUACUUUUAGCUGUGAGCCUGUGACCACUUUGUUAUAAAAUUAAAAUUAAUGCUAUGGGAGAAAUUCUAAAUACGGAAUGCGAAUGUGCAGCUGGAAAAGGCCCACACUGUACAUGCAAACAUGUUGCGUCUGUCUGCUACCUGCUGAUGCAUACAAAAACAUCUGGUACAGUGCUUCUUCAGAAGUCCUGCACAAGCCAGCUACAGAUGUUUCACCAUCCAACGAAGUUUCAUAGAGGACCUCCAGUAACCGUUGAAGAAAUGGCAAAAGAAACUGGGGUAAAUGAAACCAUCUUUGAUGAUCCUAGACGAGAGGAGCACAGGAAUAUGGAAGGCUACCAAGAUCACGUUCGACGCUGUGUUGUUCAAUAUUGUGCAUCUACCUCAAAGAGCAUCACUCUUCGAUACUUGUACAACACAGCAUGUUUAAUCACCGCACAAAUGGACCAUGAUUACCUGUCAUUGCCAUUUGUGGAAUAUUGGGCAGAUAGACAGACAAUUACAAAUGAGCAAGCGUUGGCAAUUGAACAAGCUACAAAAGCACAACAUAAUUGCAAGCAGUGGCACAAUGAAAGAAGAUUUAGGAUAACAUCAUCUCGCAUUGGUGAAAUACUUGCUGCUACUUGUAGAAGGGACAUGGAUAAACUAUGCGAAUCCAUGUGUAUACAGCAUUGCACCAAUUAUUGCACCAUUUUUAUCACAUGGUCAAAAGUAUGAAUCUGUUGCACUGCAACAGUUUGCACAAAAAUACCAUCUCAAAUUGCAAAAAAUUGGUUUGGUAAUUAGCACAGAAACUCCCUACCUGGCUGCAAGUCCGGAUGCUGUCAUAGUGGACAUAGAUGCCAUUGUGGAAGCUAAAUGCCCAUACACAGGCAGAGAAGAGAAAAUUACACCUGGUAAAAACUUUUCGUUUCUACAGUAUGGUAAAGAUGGUGAAAUGCAGCUAAAAAAAAACCAUAAAUAUUUUGCUCAAAUUCAGUCUCAACUGGGAAUUUGUAA